ACUUUACCGACCGGCCGUCGAUUAAUCGACGUUUUGUUCUCAGCGCUUAUCGACCGGCCGUCGAUUAUUCGACUUUUAUUCCACAGCGCUUAACGACCGGUCGUCGAUUAAUCGACUUUUGUUUUUUCCGUUAGAUUUGGUUAAGUUAGACUGACAAGUAGCAAGCAGCAAGCAUUUCGAAUUCUGUAUUCAGAUAAUCGUUGCUUUUCUUUAAAAUUUAGCCCUUAAAGAUGAAUGAAAAGGAUAGUGUUGGUGAGUUUUAUCUCGACGACCUGUCAGAUUGUCUUCACUGCUGUUCAGCAAGUAGUACUGAUGACGAAAGUGAUAGCAGUAGUAUAACGAUUCGAAAGCGACGUUCUGUAUCACUAAUAUACAGUGAUUCAGAAGACGAGGGCAUAAAUAAUAACGUUAAAGACAGCUGUGGUACAUGGUCAACGAACGACAAGAAUAUAAUUUUGGAACCUUUCGAAGGCAGCCCCGGCGUAAAAAUUAUACCAAGUUCCUCUGAAAGCGUAAUAGAUAUUGUGAAUUUAUUCAUUGGAAGUGACCUGAUUGAGCACUUCGUGAGGGAGUCUAAUAGGUAUCAUGAUCAAAUUAUGGAAAAAUAUAGAAUUACACCAAAAACGAAAAAAUGGACUGACAUCACGGUGUCUGAAAUGAAGGAAUUUUUGGGCCUGAUCGUUCUUAUGGGACAAGUAAAGAAGGACGUUCUCUACGAUUAUUGGUCCACAGACCCAACUAUAGAAACGCCAUUCUUCUCGAAAGUUAUGAGCAGAAACAGAUUUUUACAAAUAAUGCAAAGCUGGCAUUUUUGUAACAAUAAACUUUUUUAA